CACUCUGCCCCGUGCGCGUCGCCGCGGCCGGGAGGAGCAAGCUGAGCCCCGCCGGCCCCUGACCUUCGCCUGGCGGAGCGCUGGUUAAUUUUUGCCCGGCCUGCGGACUUCGGGCCCUCCCUCCCGGGGAUAUAAGUCGGGCCCCGGCCGCCAGGGCCGCCUGGCCUGAGCCUUUCCGCGCCGCCCGCCACCCUCACCAUGGGCAACGGCUUCUUCAUUUCCAAGACCGUGGGCAUCUUGGGCAUCCUGCUGGGCGUGGCGGCCGUGAGCACCAUCAUCGCCCUGUCGGUGGUGUAUGCCCAGGAGAAGAGCAGGAAUGACGCGAACCCCCCGACCGUGAGCGCCACCACCACCACCACCACCACCACGACCCCCAAGACCAGCACCACCACCAUCACCACGACCCCCAAGACCAGCACGACCACGACCACCACGACCCCCAAGACCACCACCAAGGGCCCGGUGACACCCACGAGCCCCUCGGCCACCACUGUGGACCAGGACCUGCCGUGGAACAGCUACCGCCUGCCCACGUGGCUGAGCCCCGAUUCCUACAGUGUGACGCUGAGGCCGUACCUCACCCCCAACAGCGAAGGCCUGUACAUCUUCGAGGGCAACAGCACCGUCCGCUUCACCUGCAUGGAGCCCACCCCCUACAUCAUCAUCCACAGCAAGAAGCUCAACUACACCACAGCCGGCAACCACAUGGUGCUCCUGGAGGCAGUAGACGGCUCCCCGCCCCCCAAGAUCAACAAGACAGAGCUGGUGGAGGCCACCGAGUACCUGGUGGUGCACCUCGAGGACCAGCUGGAGGUCAACAAGAUGUACGAGAUGCGCAGCUCCUUCAGGGGCGAGCUGGCCGACGACCUGGCGGGCUUCUACCGCAGCGAGUACAUGGAAGACGGCGUCAAGAAGGUGGUGGCCACGACUCAGAUGCAGGCGGCCGAUGCCCGGAAAUCCUUCCCCUGCUUUGACGAGCCGGCCAUGAAGGCUCGCUUCAACAUCACCAUCAUCCAUCCCAAGAACUACAAGGCCCUGUCCAACAUGCCGCCCAUCCACAACAGCACCCUGGAGGGGAACCCCGACUGGCAGGUCACGACGUUCAAUACCACGCCCAAGAUGUCCACCUACCUGCUGGCCUACAUCGUCAGCGAGUUCGAUCAAGUGGAAGCCAUGUCUCCUGACGGCGUGCAGAUCCGGAUCUGGGCUCGGCCCAAGGCCAUCAAGGACAGACACGGCGACUAUGCCCUCAAUGUCACAGGCCCCAUCCUAAGCUUCUUCACCAAACAUUACAAUACCUCCUACCCACUCGAGAAGUCCGACCAGAUCGGCCUGCCCGACUUCAACGCCGGCGCCAUGGAGAACUGGGGGCUGGUCACCUACCGGGAGAACUCGCUGCUGUACGACCCCAAGUCCUCGUCCAUCGGCAACAAGGAGCGGGUGGUCACCGUCAUCAGCCACGAGCUGGCCCACCAGUGGUUCGGGAACCUGGUCACGGUGGCCUGGUGGAACGACCUGUGGCUGAACGAGGGUUUCGCCUCCUACGUGGAGUACCUGGGCGCCGACUCCGCCGAGCCCGCCUGGAACCUGAAAGACCUCAUGGUGCUGAACGAGGUGUACCGCGUCAUGGCCGUGGACGCCCUGGCCUCCUCGCACCCGCUGUCCAGCCCCGCCGACGAGGUCAACACGCCCGCCCAGAUCAGCGAGCUGUUCGACUCCAUCUCCUACAGCAAGGGAGCCUCUGUGCUCAGGAUGCUGUCCCACUUCCUGAACGAGACCGUGUUCCAGCAAGGCCUGGCGUCCUACCUCCAGACCUUUGCCUACAACAACACCAGGUACACGGACCUGUGGGACCACCUGCAGGAGGCUGUCAACCAGAACAACGUCAUCCUGCCCGACACCGUGAGCAACAUCAUGGACCGCUGGAUCCUGCAGAUGGGCUUCCCGGUCAUCACCGUGGACACCAGCUCUGGGGAGAUCUCCCAGAAGCACUUCCUCCUCGACCCCCUGUCCAACGUCACGCGACCCUCGAAGUUCAACUACCGGUGGAUCGCAUACAUCACGUCCAUCAAAAGUGGCAGCCCGCAGGACUCCUACUGGCUGAACGGCGAGGAGAAGAACCAGAGCAAGCUGUUCGAAGCCACAGGGAGUGACUGGGUUCUGCUGAACAUCAACGCGACCGGCUAUUUCGUGGUGAACUAUGACCAAGCCAACUGGAAGAAGAUUCAGGCCCAGCUGGAGCAGAACCUCUCAGUCAUCCCUGUCAUCAACCGGGCCCAGGUCAUCCACGAUGCCUUCAACCUGGCCAGCGCUGAAACGGUCGAUGUCACCCUGGCACUGGACACCACCCUAUUCCUGGACAAGGAGAUCGAGUACAUGCCCUGGCAGGCGGCCCUGGACAGCCUGAGCUACUUCAAGCUCAUGUUCGAGGACUCCGAGGUCUACGGCCCCAUGAAGGCCUAUCUGAAGAAGCAGGUCCUGCCUCUGUACCAGCAUUUCCAGAAUAUCACCGGCAACUGGACCAAUCGCCCACCCACGCUGAUGGCCCAGUACAACGAGGUGAACGCCAUCAGCACCGCCUGCACCAACGGGGUGACCGAGUGUCACACGAUGGUCAAGGAGCUCUUCGCCGCUUGGAUGAGCCACCCCGAUAAUAACACGAUCCACCCCAACCUGCGGUCGACGGUCUACUGCAACGCCAUCGCCCUGGGGGGCGAGCGGGAGUGGGACUUCGCCUGGGGCCAGUUCCGGAACGCCACCCUGGUCAACGAGGCCGACAAGCUGCGCUCGGCCCUGGCCUGCAGCAGGGAGCUCUGGAUCCUCAACAGGUACCUGGGCUACACCCUGAACGCCACCCUCAUCCGGAGGCAGGACGCCACCUCCACCAUCAGCAGCAUCGCCAGCAACGUCGUGGGGCAGAACCUGGUCUGGAACUUCGUGCAGAGCAACUGGAAGAAGCUGUUUGAGGAGCUCCUCCCCGCGGCCUGUCCAGCGCGGCCCAGCGGGGCGCCGGUCUCGGGGGGCGCCGGUCUCGGGGGGCGGGGUGCUCGCUGCCACGACCUCGCGCGGCCGUUUGUGGUGAAGGCCUUGGGUCCUCAGCGGCUGGAGCAGUUCAAGAAGGACAACAUGGACACGGGCUUCGGCUCGGGCACCCGGGCUCUGGAGCAAGCUCUGGAGCGCACGAAAGCCAACAUCAAGUGGGUGGCCAAGAACAAGGCGCCCGUGCUGAACUGGUUCACCUCCAAAAUAUAGGCGGGCCUGGAGCACGCAGGUCCCCGCGUCCCCCAAGGACACACUCCCGGGCCCGGGCUCUCUCCACGCCGCCCGGGCUGUCUCCCGGCCCCAGCCCCGGCCCCUCGAGCCACCCCACCCCAGGCCUGGCACGUGCCAGAAAUUCUGCACCCAGAAAUUCUGGGGCUGAUCUCAGGGAAGCAGCUGGGCCCAGGGGCCAGGCGGACAGUGGCCGGGCCUGGGGCCUGUCUGGCCCCGCCCUCUCACGCACCCCAAGAAGCCCUGAGGAAUCAGCAGGGCGGCAGAUCUGUAUAUUUUUAUCUGAGAGAAAGUGUAAAUAAAGGAUACCCCGCUGGCAA